CCGUUAACCUAAAUUCUCACCAGAUUUUCAUAUUAGGCCCAUUUUCUGGCCCAAACUUUACUCUCUCUCUCUCUCUCAUCUUUCUCUCUCUAAACAGUCAUUUUCUUUUCCCGGAAAAAAAGUUCCUUCUUUGCACGAAUUCAUGUCGGAAAAGGGUCGACCGCUACCAAAAUUCGGUGAAUGGGAUGUUAACGAUCCUGCUUCAGCCGAGGGAUUUACUGUAAUCUUUAACAAGGCUAGAGAUGAAAAGAAGACAGGUGGCAAACCUGAAUCACCGGGAAAGACCGAUUCUAAUAUCAAGCCAGCAGCAGAUCCUGCCAAGCCUCCUCAGUCUAAAAAAUGGUUUUGCUGCAUUCAAGAUCCACCUGCAGAAUCCUGAAAAGAAAAAAAGGUUUUCUUUCUUCUUCUUCUUUUACUUCUCUCCAAGAAGCUUCUUCCACAAAAGAGCAAUAUUGUUUAUUUACAAGUUGUUCCACCAGAUUUUUACAUACAAACAAGAUAGGAGCUCUAGAUCUUGAGUUGGAUUAUGGGGUCUGGAAUUAAAUUAUCUUUCUGUGUUGUAAAAUUAGAGUUGUGAGUGAGUGAGUGGAGAUAAGUAAAAGAAAAGAAAACAACAAUAACACUUGCUGUAUCUAUAUAAAUAUACUGUCUUAUGUGGUGAUUAUAUUGGAUGCAAAGUCUUUUUUCUCUUUA